AUGCAUACAAGAUUGACACUAAUUACUUUGCUACUACUUGCCGUGUCCUCCCCAACACUAUCGCCUUCUAUUGCCACAUUUCUCAAGACCAACACGUCGUCCCAGAAUGAUACACUCACAGUGAUCGGGGAUUCCCAGCCGGAUCCUCAAAUAAAUGAGAUGAUGGCCUCUACAUCAUCAUCAAUCGACCUGACAAAUGUCAUUUCUAAUGGUGGUGGGGCAGUGUCUUUGCAAGACAUUUCGGAUUUCCUCGUAUAUUAUGGGUCUGCAGAAUUCAUUGUUGGGCCAAUGUUGAAGAAUUAUCCCAUGGCAUGGAAUGAAGUUCCGUAUUCGAUGAUCUUGUCGUUCUUGUAUCAGAAACUAUACCCUCAUAAAUUUGUUUACAAAGUGCCGUUCCUUUGUGUGCCUGGUCGUGAUGACUAUGUCGAUUUCCAUGAUUAUAAAAUCCAAGUGGGAAUCACGUCAUUAUUCAUUUUGAUGAAGAUAUUGGGAAGCAGAGUAUUUAAGAAUAUUGCCAAGGAGUCAAUGACUAUGCUCGAAGUAGAAUUCUUCCUGGUGGCAUUGAUAAAUCUCUUGUUUUUCACCGACAAUGAUACUUUGGAACUAGCGGUGUUCCGAAACUUGGUGAUCUCGUUUAUGAUUUCCAUAUGUUUAGUGAUCAUUCCCUUUUAUACCAGAACUCCUUGGAGAUCGUCAAAAUUUUUAGAAACUUUUAUGUUUGCCACAUACGUCAUGAGUUUUCUAACCAAUGUGGUGGUUUUGGAGUACUGGCAUUUGAAAGAGAAUUUCGUCACUUGGCUCUGGCAGUACUUAUUUUUCGAAGAUUCAGCACAGCGGCGCUUGAUCAUUGGAUAUUGGAUGGUGUUUGCGUUGAUGAUUGCCUAUGUCUUGAUGACCAUCGUGGGAAAGUCUACCAUCAAAGACCACCAGCAUCAAGAUUUAACUAAAGCCGACAGCUUGGGGAAAACUUUGAAUUUUAAUAGGAAAAUCUGGCAUUUUGUGAUCUUCAUGAUGUUUGUUCCGUUCAUGAACCACCCACCACAAAUUGAGUUUUUAAAAAUGAUCCUGGCGUUGCUAAUUCUUGUGUUUUUAAACGUUGAAUUGGUCAGGUACUUGGGGACCCCGAUCGGCACCACGAUCAACGAGAUUUUAGGGGUGUUUAAAGAUACCCGAGACAGUAAAGGUCCAAUAUUGAUUUCAUAUUUAUAUUUGAUCAUUGGGGUAUCUAUCCCGAUGUUUUUCAAUGACAGCGUCAUUGGAUUAGUGGCUUUAGGAGUAGGGGACUCCGUGGCAUCGAUUGUUGGUAAACGUUUUGGUCACAUUAAUGAGAAAAGUAAUAAACAAUGGAGACUAACUUGGAAAUGGUUCGAUACUUCAAAGACAGUCGUUGGCACCAUGGCAUUCAUUGUGGUUUGUUAUGUUAUUUGUGAUGCCUUGAAGAAUUCAUUUCAAUUCGAAAGUUUGGAAAAUUAUUCUAACUGGAAUCUUUUCAUCACUUGUACCGUUGGAGGACUAGUAGAAGCCUGGAGCGAUAUUAAUGAUAACUUAUUGUUACCGUGUGUUAUGGUUGCCACAAUGGAGCUGUUGAAGAAUGUGAUAUAA